UCUUGCACAGUUGUACCGGCUCCUCCCCUUCAGUCUUGCACAGUUGUACCGGCUCCUCCCCUUCAGUCUUGUACAGGUGUACCGGCUCCUCCCCUUCAGUCUUGCACAGGUGUACCGGCUCCUCCCCUUCAGUCUUGCACAGGUGUACCGGCUCCUCCCCUUCAGUCUUGCGCAGGUGUACCAGCUCCUCCCCUUGAGUCUUGCACAGGUGUAGCGGCUCCUCCCCUUCAGUCUUGCACAGGUGUACCGGCUCCUCCCCUUUAGUCUUGCACAGGUGUAUGGCUCCUCCCCUUCAGUCUUGCACAGGUGUAUCGGCUCCUUCCCUGGCCUGACAUGUCUUCCUCUGAUGUUACUGCACACUGGGAGAUUUUCACAAUGUUCUUUAGAAGCUGCAGCCAAUCAGAGAGAGCUCCGCCUCAUUUCCUGGCUGGAGAACAUCCAGUAUCAUCUUGCACUUUCCUCCCCGGACUGACUGUCCCUGACCCCGCCCCUUUCAUUCAUUGCAUUUCAGUUCUUUUAAC